CUUCCGCUUCCGCCCCACCAGUCACCAACCCCUGCUUUCGCCGCCGCGUCUGCGUCUCUGGGAGCGGCAGCAGGACGGCGAGUGGCUCUCCGAGCAGAUCGAUGGAGGCCCGGCGCGGCUGGCCGGUGGGGGGCGCUGGCUCUCGCUCGCUGGCUCUGGGAUGGAUUUUCCGCGGCCUAGCCUGGACUCCGGACCAGCCACCAUCUUAGAGGAGAGGAGCGGGCUGUGCAGUGGGACGGAGGGGCUUUGGGGUCGGGCCCUGCCGCAGACAGAUACUGGGAACCAGCUCUACUAUUAUUUAUAUACAGAACAUUUUGAUGUCAUGGAGGUACUGUUUUCAAAAGACCUGCACGUAACUGGCUGAAAAAAAUGGCUCCACAAGAUGACAAUCUCAGCCCUAAUAUGGUCUAAAUGGAGACAGCUUUCAUCUUGACAAUGGCAGCUUGAAGUCUAUUAAAGUCCAAGCAUUUAUUUUGUUUUUAAAAAUUAUUGUGCAGUGUGAAACACAGAAAACAAGAAACUGGCUAUAUAGGGGAAGUGGAGAUGCUAAAUACACACAUUGCAGUCAAAUGCAAAAGAAAACUGAAAAGUAGGUUACAAAUGGUGUGGGUUUUUAUCAUGAACCGAAUGAGCUCCCAGUGCAGUUCCUCCACUCAGCGUAAGCGAAUGGCUCUUGGAAUUGUCAUUCUUCUACUUGUUGAUGUGAUAUGGGUUGCCUCCUCAGAACUCACUUCAUAUGUUUUUUCGAAGUACGAGAAGCCUUUUUUCAGUACCUUUGCAAAAACGUCCAUGUUUGUUCUAUACCUCUUGGGAUUUAUUGUUUGGAAACCAUGGAGGCAACAGUGUACACGUGGGUUUCGUGGAAGGCAUGCAGCUUUUUUUGCAGAUGCUGAAGGUUAUUUUGCUGCUUGUACAACAGAUAACACUGUAAACAGUUCUUUGAGUGAACCUUUGUAUGUUCCUGUAAAGUUUCAUGACUUACCAAGUGAAAAGAGUGGCAGUGCUAAUAGUGAAAUUGAAAAAACUCCCAAAAAGCCUCGUGUAAGGUUCAGUAAUGUUAUGGAGAUUCGACAACUCCCAUCGAGCCAUGCAUUGGAAGCAAAGUUGUCUCGCAUGUCAUAUCCAACUGUUAAGGAGCAGGAAUCAAUAUUAAAAACUGUAGGGAAACUCACUGCAACUCAAGUAGCAAAAAUCAGCUUUUUCUUUUGCUUUGUGUGGUUUUUGGCAAACUUCUCUUAUCAAGAAGCACUCUUACAUGCACAAGUUGCCAUAGUUAAUAUCGUAUCUUCAACCUCUGGACUUUUUACCUUAAUCUUAGCUGCAGUGUUUCCAAGUAACAGUGGAGAUCGGUUUACCCUUUCCAAACUGUUAGCUGUCGUUUUAAGCAUUGGCGGUGUAGUACUUGUUAAUUUCUCUGGGUCUGAGAAAUCUCCAGGAAGAGGUACAAUAGGUUCCCUAUGGUCUCUCGUAGGAGCAAUGCUGUAUGCUGUCUAUAUAGUUAUGAUAAAAAGAAAAGUAGACCGAGAAGAUAAGCUUGAUAUACCAAUGUUCUUUGGUUUUGUAGGCCUCUUCAAUCUGCUGCUGCUAUGGCCAGGUUUCUUCCUACUUCAUUAUACUGGAUUCGAGGCCUUUGAGUUUCCCAAUAAAUUGGUAUUGAUGUGCAUUGUCAUUAAUGGCCUUAUUGGAACAGUUCUGUCAGAAUUCCUCUGGCUGUGGGGCUGCUUUCUUACCUCAUCACUGAUAGGCACACUUGCGCUAAGCCUUACAAUACCUCUGUCCAUAAUAGCUGACAUGUGCAUGCAGAAGGUGCAGUUUUCCUGGUUAUUUUUUGCAGGGGCAAUCCCUGUAUUUUUCUCAUUUUUCAUUGCAACUUUCUUAUGCCAUUAUAACAACUGGGAUCCAGUGAUGGUAGGAAUCAGAAGAAUUUUUGCCUUUAUCUGCAGAAAGCAUCGAAUUCAGAGAAUGCCAGAGGAAAGUGAGCAGUGUGAAAGCCUCAUCCCUAUGCAUAGUGUUUCUCAAGAAGGCGAAAACUGCUGUUCAUAGGCAAUAGUUUCAAGAUGGUUUCAUACUCAGCGAAGAGACAAUCUCCUGGGAAGUCCAUAAGGAACCAUAUUUCAGUGCCUAUUCUACAUUUGGGAAAAAAAGUUUCAAUUCUUUUGAAACUAAACUUUUAUUUUCCUAUAAUUGCCUGUCUUCAUCUAACUCUAUCAACGAACAACUUCACUAUGUGCAUAUCACUACAACUAUAGGAAAUCCCAGUCCAUCUAAACAACCAACCUGCCUUAUAGAACUCAACUUGAAAUUACUUGAUAUAAUCAAGAAAGCAAAUGCUGGUCUGGUGAUUUAUUUUUUGUUUUCACAUUUUUGAUAAAUGCUGGACAACAAGUUGUUCAAAAAUUACUUUAAAAAUGAAUACGUUAAUAAGUCUGCAGGUCGUCAUUUCUUACAGGCUCAGAUGAAAAAAGCUAAAUAUGUAGCUUACUUGUAAUAGGUACGGAUUAACAUUUUUGUAUAAAGUCUAUUUGAAUAUUAACACAUGAAAUUAGAAAAAAUAUCUUAAUUUAUUAAAUAAGUACAUUUUUGCAACUGUUAGAGCAGGAUGUAUGCAAGUUUCUGGAACAUUACGUAUAUUGCUUUAUCCCAUUUUAAAAAUCCUUGUAAUAGGAAAGGGUGCUUUGUGUUUAAAAAUCUGCUAUGACCGAACAAUCUGAAACUUUUAAAGACGUGUUAGUAUAAAAAGGUUAUGUAUUUUUAAAGGUGGUAGUUACCAUAAAUUUGGCUGGACAAGCACUUGAUGUAAAAGUUCAUAAUUCGGAAUCAGUCUCUUUUUGAAAACUUAAUAGUCAAAAUUAUUUAAUAUGUAAAAUUGUAAAUAAUUCCAAAAUGCCAUGUGCAUAGCUGCUUAUUUGAGGGGAAAAAACAUCAAGUAGACUUCUAAAUUUUGUAGUUACUCUCUUAAUCUCAACUCAAAUCUUCCAAGCAAUUUUAAAGCUAGAGAUAAUCAUGUUGACUUCGUUUUCCUAAUGAAAUUAUUGUGUAAUGGCUAACUUUCACUGUGACCUGAGUUUUCUUCCCUACUGCAAUGCUGCUGUUCUGUUUGGUGCUGAAAGGUAACGAAUUAAUAAAUAUAUUCACAAGAA